GUCAGAAUGCAGGUGCAGGUACGGCCUGUGCCGAGCUCAAUGUCUCGAUUAAGUGACAAGCGUAGCCGCCGAAGUCGCCACUGGCCAGGCCGCGGACGUCCAGACGCGGCUGCAGAACGAAAACGUCCUCGUAUCGACGAUGGGCUCAAAACCCUGACCUGCUGCCAUGCGAGAAUCAUGCGACUUUCUCCACCCUGGACAGGAUCGAUCUGUGACCGCCGCGCGCCAGGCGCGCAAAUCGAAGCUUCAGUAUUCUUGCUUGUCUCCGAGGUUCCUUCCCCACCAUGGACAUAUCCUUGCCCUUGCGGUUCGGUUCAGCUCGCCCUUUCAUCCACCCUCCACAACCGCCUCCCCACGGUCAUGAAAACGUCAUAGCUAGCCGUGAUAACGAUCACCUCGUGCUUGACAUCUUCCGCUACACGCCCAUUCCGACCUUUGUCUUGGACGCCAGUUUGCACGUGACCCACGUUUCGGACUCUUACUGUUCUGUCUCCAGCAUCCCCACCCGCGAGCAGCUGCUUGGCGCCCACAUCGAUGAAUUAAGCGCGAAAGCGACAAUUCCCUCAAAUUCUUUGUCCCACAGAGGCAUUCGCGUUGCUCAAGACACUACCGAACCCUCGAUCUUCUACGAAUCAAUCGACGACAGGAUUUGGACCCUCCGUACCGUACCUGUUAUCCGCGAUGGGACGAUUUGCUGCUUUCUGAUGGAAGUCCAGGAUACUACCGAGGCUCAUCAGAAGCAGCUUGAGCUGGAGGAACAACUAUAUACAAACGAAACAUUCAAAAUAUUAGUAGAUACCAUUUCCGAUUAUGCUAUCUUCAUGCUUUCACCUCAAGGCAACAUCGCGACAUGGAAUGUAGGGGCCCAGGCAUUCAAAGGUUACACGAAAAGCGAGAUCAUCGGAAAACAUUUCUCGAACUUCUACAGCAAAGAAGACCGCGACAAUGGUAAACCUGCCAGAGAGCUUCGGGACGCUCUGAGGAAUGGAGCUUGUGAAGACGAAGGCUGGCGGAUUCGCAAAGACGGGUCGAGAUUCUGGGCAAAUGUUGUGAUCACCCCCGUGUAUAAAGACGGUGAGCUUUUAGGAUUCAGCAAAAUCACACGGGAUUUGAGUGAGCGCAAGAAAGCCGAGUCAAAACUGAUUGCCGCAUACGAGGAGGCUUCACAGCUCAAAAGUGAGUUUUUAGCCAACAUGAGUCACGAAAUCCGUACGCCAAUGCAUGGAAUGCUGUCUGCAUUGACACUUCUUCUCGACACCCAGCUGAACCCUGAGCAACUGGACUUGACGCGUAUAGUACAGGAGUCCGGAGAGGUGCUACUUCAUGUCAUCAAUGACAUUCUCGACUACAGCAAACUGGCCUCCGGCAGUUUUUCGAUCAGUCACGACAUCAUUAGCGUUCCCGAUAUCAUUUCGUCAGUCUUCCGCGCGCACCAGAAAAGCAUCAAAGCGGACAUCACACUUGAGAAAUAUAUUGAUCCAAAACUCCCAGUUGCUGCGGAAGGCGAUAAUAUUCGAUAUCGACAGGUUGUGGAAAACCUCGUGUCCAACGCGUCCAAGUUCACAGAGCAAGGUUACAUACGAUUACGGGCGACGCAGCAACAUGAAGACGACACUAAACAUACCGUGCUAAUAGAGGUCAUAGACACAGGCAUAGGAGUUCCUCUCAUAGCUUCCAAAUCACUUUUCACGCCAUUCACUCAGUUUGAUAAUUCUGCAACAAAACGAUAUAAGGGCACCGGCCUUGGUCUCAGCAUUUGUAAAAGCCUCGUCGAGCUUAUGGGUGGGAACAUUGGCUAUCGCCCCAACCCCGAAGGAACAGGGAGCGUGUUCUGGUUCACCGCCCAGCUAAAACGAGUCGAGCACUCAAACCAAUUGGAUUUCAUACAGAACAGACUGAACAAUGUAUCUUUGUCAACUUCGCCUACUCCAGCUUUGAACAGGCUCAGAAUACUGGCGAAUGAACGACGCGUGCUCCUUGCAGAGGACAAUGCCAUCAACAGAAAGGUUAUGAUCAAAAUUCUCGUCGGAAUGGGGUUCAAUCGCGUCGACAUCGCUACGGACGGAAACGAGGCGGUUAUGAUGGCAACGAAUGCGAAACCAGCAUACGACCUGAUUUUAAUGGACGUCAGCAUGCCGUUUCUCGACGGUGUACAAGCUACAAAGCAGAUAAGAGCCGCUGGACUAGACGUACCAAUCGUGGCAAUGACGGCCAAUGCGCUUAAAGGCCAAGCCGAAAGCUAUAUCGCGAAGGGCAUGUCAAGAUACAUCGCCAAGCCAGUAGAUCGGAAGCUGCUAGUUGAGUUGUUGCUCAGCUGCCUGGAGCAAGAGGAUUCAGAGUCAACAAGGUGACAGUCGGUCAGUCGCACUCAAGACUCGCGAUUGGCAUAUUGUUGAUAUUCUGUGUCCCCAAGUUAUCAUAAGAUUCAUAUUUGGUCGUUCGGGGCGGUUGGCAUUUGAUUACGCAACAGAGGCGGUUAUCCAGCACUAUUGUUCAUCUUAAUACCCGCAUCAUGGCUCUUAGUUAACUUCCAUUCAUACCGUUCAGAGUAGUAUCGCUUACAACCUUUGUCGAAACUGCAGUAACUGCCUAAA